CCGGAGGGUGGCGUGGGAACAAUCUUCCUUUUUGCCCCUUCCUGGCACUCCAGCCCACACAUGUCCUACGACGUCUCCGUCUCCUGAUCCUGAUUUCUGGAGCCAGGCUCGAGCUAGUCCGUAUCCUAGGAGCACGUCAUCCAUCCAGGAUCAAUUAUGCUUGACGAAGUUGACGGCCCAGCUGUUGACCAGUGGAGCGACUCCCUAGUAACUCUGGAGGCCCCGCGCUCAGUCGAAGAAGUCACCGAAUGUCUACGGGAUGCUGACUCUGAGGAGUUGACCGCCGCCGGAGGCGUUAAGGUAACAACUAACCCGAAAAAGGACGAUAAUCCCCCGGUGGACCUGCCUCAUGUGCAGGACAGACCAUGGCCACUCCGAUUCAGUCAGCAUGCAGAACGAAUCUACCAGCAUGCACGUCUCCGUCUCCGCCGCUAACUUGUCGCAGCCAUCUACCACCUCCCCGCAUCCUCCCCAAUCUGCCUCCGCUCAUUCAGAAGUAGUUGUCCAGGCCCCUCCCACAGCUCCAUUUGCGAGGGAUAGGCUACAUAGGCGUCGCUCACUCAACGAGACUCGUCCGACCAACCGCUUUUCUGGAUUCCUUUCAAAUCUUAUUCAUCGCCGUGACAACGCAGUACCAGCCACCCCUCGCUCCCUUCAUGACCAACGGUCCUCUACACCGGUUUACUCACAGUCUCCCUCAAACUCAAGAGCAUCUUCUCCUGCCACCCCAGCAAGACCAAUCACUCCACCACCUCCACUGCCGCCUCCCACUCUACAGGAAUUAGGACUUUCACUGAUGGCCAUAACGGCUACCUUAUCACCUUCUCAUUUCAGCACACCACCCACGAAUGGCACCUUCCUGGCGCCACAUUAUCUUUUACUCUGUCAUGCUCAAGGCCUGGACGUUCUUCCCCUCGUCUCACCCCCGGCCCUGCAACCUUACGCUCUCGUCCGAAGAGUACCUUUCAAGAGUGUGCUCGUCAUGGAGCAUCGCGGUGUUUUGGUCGCGAUAGCCGGACGGAGGGAUGGCGUACGGGUGUAUGCGUUAGAAGAGGUAAAGAAGGCGAUUGAAUGGCGGAUCGAACUGGAGAUUCGACGCGAGCGUGAGCGCACCCGACGAGAGGAAAUUAAAAAGACGGGUACCCGUGGUUUGAACUUGGAGCGACGAGAGUCAUCCGAGAAGAAGGGGAAACUGUCUUUGUCAACCCCCAUGAACCACGUGCAGCGGAAGGAUGACUCUGCACCGAAGCGUCCACACACGGGAAUGCCGAAGAAACCUAGACCUCCCACUUCACAGCCGCCGUCGCUCCGCCCAGCUGGGCAACCUCCUCCUUAUACCAGUGCCCCAGAUGGUCGGCUAACAAUAGGAAACCAGAGGUCUGCUGUGUCUGCUAGCGUCCCCCGAUCGAGGAGAUCUUCGCUGUCGUUGGUUGUGGUUCCUGUGGUACCCCCACCAGUUCCUGCACUACGCCCUGCGCGGUCCCCUUGUGUUGAAGCAAAGUCUUCAGACUGGCAAGGCGCCAGUGACGAUGAAGCCAUAGAUAUGUUGACUGCAGGGGCGAGUGGCAGCCAAGCUCUGGAUGAGAGGACGAGUUCCAUUCCGCAUAGGAACCAGGACCAAAACAACAAUAUUAUUGGUAGUGCCUUACCCGUCCGAACCCACCCUAUUCAUCCCAAUCGACGACCAUCUUUGCAGAAUUCUCCAUCUGUUCGCCUUCCCUUUGCAGAUGCUGCAAUAGAUAGUGGGGCACGGAAUGGUACUCCAGAUGCAGAGGCUGAUGAGGACGACGACGACGACGCAGGCUCCGUCCCUGGCGAACGCAUCACGCUCGCUCAGGCACUAUUGGAAAGUAGAAUUCCAGGCUUACCACCGGCGGGGACUCUCCAUCCUCAAGAACCAAUUCUCAUCGCGAACUCGCCUACUGCAACGAGUGGUGAUAGUGCUUAUCCAUGUUCCAAUACCCGCAAUAUAGCAAGUCGAGCGGAUCGGCGGCGGCGAUGGUCUACUCUGGGAGGGAUCUUUGCAGCCGCAUCCCCGACGCCUAGUAUACCUCAGGAGGGUAGCAUGUCCACGGAGCAUCCUUUUACACGUCUACGACCCUCUACAGCGCCGACGUCCAUUUCUCCUCGUCCCUCCACAUCAGAUGGCAAUAGAACUUCGUUUGUUAGUAAUGUGGCACCCCUUGUACCAACCACACCUUCUCUUCCGGCAACUUCACACCACUCCCGCAUUUUCCCUCGGAUAUUCAGCAACGCAUUCAACGUUCGAAGAACUGGAGAGCGACCCCCCACGUUCACACUAAAGAGUUUGGACGCAGACACGAGACGGAGCAAUGCCCAGACCCCGGUAGCUCCCCACGCGCCCCCACCGAAAUUAGAAUACGUCAAACUUCCUGGAACCAAAGGCGCUCUGAUGAUUAAAGCCGUUGAAACGCCGAAAAAGAGUUUUUUGGCCAUCUUGUGUGGGGAGAAUGGUGAAAAAGUAGAGUUGUUUGCUGGCACGUACAGAACAGCCCUUGGGUUAUCACGAACCUUUAUUCUCCCGGAUUCUCCGAAAUCCCUUGAACUGCAGCUGCAAGGCGAUGAUUUAGUGGAAGUCUUCUUAAUGUUUUCGCAAAAUGUCUUCGGUCUGGAACCCGCCACAGUUAGGGUGCGUGAGGUUCGGAUUGGGCGGGCCGAACGGAGAGCUGCUCGCCGCAGAGUCCGGGAAAUACGAUCGGGUCAUAAUGACAUUUUCGACACUGACCCACCAAAUAUGGAGGAUGAAGAGACGAACGUCAAUGUCAGCAUCAGCCUGUCGGUGCAGGCCCAGGGGUCAUUGGCGCGGAGCACUUCCAUGGCACAACUCCACGGUUCAGCUCAUGCUUCCAGUGGGAUCACGCACGAAGCUGCCUUGGCACACGCAGAGGAGUUGGUAGCACUUGCCUCCACACAAAUAGGCCCAUACACGACGUUUCAGCAACUAUCCUUUGCACCCAAUUUUCCGCUUGCAACCGUUGCUGAUGAUUAUAUUAUCCCGCCUACAUAUGCUGAUUUCCUUGAAUACCGAGCCGAGCACGAGCCCGAAUCUUGCAAUGGGGAUGUUGAUCUCGCGAACAUCCAGUUUAACCCCCCUGGCCUACCUAUGCCAGCUCCAGCUCCUCCAUCAAGGUGGUUAUACCGCGACCCAAGGGGCAAAAUUCACGGACCUUGGAAAGAAACCUUGAUGCAAGCAUGGUAUAAGGAUGGCCUACUCCCGCCUGACUUGCCUGUUCGAAAGGAGGAAGAUGAGGAAUUCAUUCUUCUCAGAGACCUCAGACAACAUUGUGUCGACCCUGCUUAUCCAUUCCGUUCCGUUCCGCCCCCGCCCACGGUAUCGGCCAGCCGACCGUUCCCAGACUCUUCGAAGCCACUGCUUUCCCCGAUAUCACUUCUCCUCCAGUCGCGUCACUUUGGUCCCCCCGCAUUAUUCUAUUCGUCACGGGGAGGACACAGCACAUCUAUCGUUGAUAUUCGUGGACGAGCUGUGUUGAAAGGACGGUUUUUCUGGAGUCCUGACGAAAACAAUGGCUCAAGACCGUUCCCACAGCGUAUGGGUGAUGUGAAACGCCUGGAGACCUUCGAUAUCAAGGAUCGCUCUAUCAUUGUCGCCAUGCGGCAGGGAGGCUUGGAAGCUAUGGAUUUUGGAGAUGCCCUACUCACACCAGCAGACAGGUCGCGCAGCGUACUGCCGAAUUUUAGUCCUCCGCCCUCAAAUACCAAUAGACGUUUGCCUUUCGUUUGGAGGAUUGGCAUGCCUAUUGCUCCAGGCAACGCUGAAGUUCCUGCGCCGUCAACUAAGAGCAAGUCCGGUCACCUCAGCAAGAAAAGUAGCUAUUCCGCAGGUAAAUCUUCCGGCAAAAAUGAGUUUGCAGGCUCUGGCGAUGGUGACCCCGACGUAACGGAGGAAAUCUUGUUCCUCGGACGGACGGGAGACGAUCUCUAUCUUUGCGAGCGCAAUGCAGGUACAUUUAGGAUACUGAGACUCCGUCCGGAGUCUUCAUGACCGUUCACAUCCAUGUGCAACCUACCCUCCUUCCCUGACUACUGCAUUAACACCACUAUCUGCAUCAUAUUUAUUAGAGUCAGACACAUGUAGAUACCUAGCCGAUGGUCAGGAUACCUCACCAGUAUAUGGAUUUGUCAUAAUUUUGCUACCAUCUUGCGCAAACUGCUCUUCAAAAUCUUACCAGUGG